CCGAACACGAGCGGAAACUGGCUUCUCCGUCUGUCGUCUCCCGUCUCUCGCGCUUCUACGCGGCUUCAUCGCGUUUGGCCCGAUGGAUGACCCACUUGACAUCUCCAAGAGCGUACAUCUGCACAUGUGGAUUUCGACGUCCUCCCCAAGUUCUGCAGCGGCCGUUUGAGUCACAGACGGCAGAGAGCUGCAGACACAAAUGUGCGUUCCGGCGUAUGCACACUUUGAAUUAAUUUUUUCCCUCGAAGUCCGUGGCGUCCAGCGUCCACUUUCGAGGGAUCUGCAGCCGGUUUUGGCUUGCGUUCUUUCCCUCCUUUUCCCGCUCCUCUUUUUCGCAUGAAGCAAGCGUCAGAUGCCAGAGUGUAGACUGUGCAGCUCGUCGCGUUUCCAACAUUUCCGUUUUUCUGCGUUUUUUUAGAUGCCACAACUCCGACUUUGUUGAGACUUCUGCCGCCGGCCCACGAGUUCAGAUGCAACUUCGCGAGUCGGCGCUUCGUCCCGUCGUGAAGACAGCGGUCGAUCCGCGGUUCUCAUUCGACUCUAUCGAAAAACAGAGGAUCUUGGGGCGUAUUAUUAUGAACGCUAGAAGUAACCCUGCUCGUUCGUCUUUCGUUUUUUUCCGUUUCAGAGAAAACCUGAGACACGGUGAUAUAACAGAAGACGCAAUGCGUGAGACACGGGAGUUUUUCUUGUCUGCCUUUCUUAUCCAAGCAAGGACGGCCGAGUGGGCGAGUGAUUGCUUGCUGAAGUGUUUCCGGUCCUUCGGACCAGAAAUCGUUUUUUUCUGUGUGCUAAGCCUCUUGAGGCGAGAAGAACCGUUGGGAGGCUGCGGAGUGAAUCUGUCAAGGAAGAGCGAGUCGGGCAUCUUGACGUUGCCUCUGUUGCCGCUUCACGGGACGAACAUCCGUUUUAUUCCUCUGACGAGUCUCCGAGCGGAGAGACGUCUUCUUCCAGCGUUCUGCGCCUGCACAGCCAAGGGCAGUCGCCCCUCACUGCCCUUCUUCCGUCGGAGGAGAGUCUCUUGCCUCUGA